UCAUUCCUGCCUGUGGCCAUCAAACUUUACAACUCCUCCCCUGGAGGGUCAGACACCCUGAGCCGAUAGGCUGGUCCUGGACUUAUUUCAUAAUUUCCUGGCAUAAUUUACAUAUUACUAUUUAACUAUUUAUUACUAUUUUUCAAUUACUAUUCUAUUACUAUUUAUUAUUUCUAUUACUAUUACUAUUUCUAUUACUAUUUAUUAUUUAUGAUGCAACUGUAACGAAAACCAAUUUCCCCCGGGAUCAGUAAAGUAUGACUAUGACUAUGUGAGGGUUGCUGGAAUUGGGCACAGGACACAAGUUGGGUCCCCACCAAACCACUGGUGGAGGUUUUUUUGAGAGGGAAGUACAUCAUAUGUAUCUCUGAUGAGAAAGCUAAGUCUGUUUGCUUCCAUCUCCCAUGUCCUUCCAGCUGAUUUUCUUCUCAGUGUUUUCCCAUUGCAUCUAUUGCCCUUGCUUCGCCAGAGAUUCAGCCUUUGAACUUUUGUCUGACUCUUCAUGUUACUGUACUUCCUCGACAACCAUCUUCCUUUGCUUUGGCAUUGUGGCCUUGUGCCAGGUGGCCACAUUUGCUGCCAGAUCAAAGCCUUCCUUGCCUUGCUGGACUUGCCCCACAAUGUCUCUGUCGUUAAGGUACAUGCAGCGUUACUGAUGGUCUUGUCACGAGAGUCUUUGACAUCUGUAGAUGAACCUUAGAACACUUGAAUCCCUCUGCAAGGCCAGUGAAAGGUAGUUAAAGAACUCCUUUACCAUAGAGACUGAUGUUACUGAUACACCUUGGGACACCGAGCCUCUUCUUUACAAAUGACAUGAUGGUUCACUUGGGCUUCUUCACAGCAGUUAGUGGGACCUCAUAGACAGUGAGUGGCCGCAUCACCUGGGGUAGGAGUCCAAACUGUAAGCACCAGAGCUUCAGUUUUCCAGUUAACAUGGUCUUAUUGAUGUAGUGCAGGCCAUUGGUGAUAUGUUGCUUUUGUAGCUGUGUCAGCUCUGUCCGUGAGGCUGGCAUUUUACCAUCUAGCUAGGCUUUUGACAGGCUCUGUUGGAAUUGGGUCAUCACUGAUGAAGUACUUUAUGUCUUUCAGCAUUCCUUUGACUAUGGAGAUGCUUUGUGACUUGCUGGGAUUGAUUUUCAUUCUGGCCCACUUGAUGUCUUCCUGCAGCUUUCCAGGUAGUCGCUUGGUGCAUGCUGCAAUAGUGGUCAGUGUUGUUAUAUCGUUCAUGUAAACCCUAAUAGGGGGAAGACAAAGUCCAGCAUUUGUUCUUUCACUGCCUACCACCCAUCUUGAAGCCCUGAUACUGACCUCCAUGGCCAUUGUGAAGGCCAGGGAUGAUAUAGUGCAACCUGCCAUAAUGUCUACAGCCAGCCUCUGCCAUGUUGUGGUAAAAUCUGCUGUUGAUAAGGUAAAUGCAAGCAGGCUUUUGCCACUGGGAGUACAACCAGAGAUCAUGAGUUAAGGGUGAAAGAUGAGAAGUUUAAGGGGAACAUGAGGUGAAAUGUCUUCACUCAGAGGGUUGUGAGAGUGGGGAAUGAGCUACUAGUACAGUUGGUCCAUGCAAACUCAAUUUCAAUGUAUGACAAGUUUGGAUAGGUAUGUGGAUAGUAGGGAUAUGGAGGCUCUGGUCCCGGUGCAGUUGAAAGGAUUAAGCAGUUUAAAUGUUUUCAGCAUGGACUAAGGCUGAAGAGCCUGUUUCUUUGCUGUAAUACUCUAUGACUGGUGGUAUUCCACAGGGAUCUGUGCUGGGACUGCUUUUUAUGUUAUACGUCAGUAAUUUGGAUGAUGGAAUUGAUGGCCUUGUGGCCAAAUUUGCAGAUGGUACGAAGAUAGGUGGAGGGGCAGGUAGCUUUGAGGAAGCAGAGAGGCUACAGAAGGAUAGACAAAUUCAGAGAAUGUGGCAGAUGGAAAACAGUGUUGGGAAGUGUUCGGAUGUGCGCUUUGGUAGAAGAAAUAAAAGGGUGGAUUAUUUUUUAAGAUUAGUUCUUAAAGGUUAAUUUGCAGGUUGAGCUGGUAGUGAGGAAGGCAAAUCCAAUGUUGGCAUUCAUUUCGAGAGGACUAGAAUAUAAAAGCAAAGAUGUAAUGUUGAGACUUUAUAAAGCACUGAUGAGGCCUCAUUUGGAGUAUUGUGAGCAAUUUUGGGCCCCUUAUCUAAGGAAGGAUGUGCUGACAUUGGAGUGGUUCCAAAAGAGGUUUGCAAAAAAUGAUUUUGGGAUUGAAAGGCUUGUCAUAUGAGGAGCAUUUAACGGCUCUGGGCCUUGAUAGAGUGGACUGGAGAGGAUGUUUCUUAUGAUGGGGGGUGGUGGUGGAGUCCAAUAUGAGAGAACACAGCCUCAGAGUAGAGGGGCGUCCUUUUAGAACAGAGAUGAGGAGAAAUUUCUUUAGCCAGGGAGUGGUGAGUCUUUGGAGUUUAUUGCCAUAGGCAGCUGUGGAGGCAAGUCUUUCAGUAUAUUUAAGGCAGAGGUUGAUAGAUUCUUGAUUAGUCAGGGCAUGAAGUGGUACGGCAAGAAGGCAAGAGAUUGGUGCUGAGAGUGGAAAAUGGAUUAGUCAUGAUAGAAUGACGAAGCAGACCGGAUAGGUCUAAUAUCCUAAUUCUGCUCCUAUGUCUAAUGGUCUUACAGCUCUUAACAGUAACAUCACGAAGGAUCCUGCCCACCCUGUUCAUGGACUUUUUAUCCAAUUUGCAUCCGGAAGGAAGCGAUGCAGCAUCCAUGCCAGGACCACCAGACUCUCAAACAGUUACUUUCCCCAAGCAAUAAGGCUGAUGAACAUCUCCACCUACCACCCACUCUCCACAACCCCAACCACCACUACUUCAACAUUUCACUUCAGAGUCACCUUAUCUACAGACACUUCUGUGCCUCAUGUCACGCUAUGGACUUACAGUUAAUUUAUAUAUAUAUUAGGUGUUUACAUUUACAUUUUUAGUGUCUUUAUCUUGUUUUUUUUUGUGUUGCAUUGGAUCCGCAGUAACCAUUAUUCUGUUCUCCUUUACACUUGGUACUGAAAAUGACAUUAAACAAUCUUGAAUCUUGAGGUUUUGUUUCUUUUAGGGAGUUUACUGAAUUGUUAUUUAGGGUUGAUUUCUGGAGCUUCCUGGUUUGAGAUGUCUGGCCUAAGUGUGGAGUGACUGAAUAGAAUGCCACGCUAUUGAUACGGUAACAGGAGUUAAUGCAAUCUGAGUACAACUCUGCCAUCGGUGUUGGUAUGGUGACAUCCAAGGGGGACCAAUAUUCUUGCAGGCAGGUUUACUAGAGCUGUUGAGAGUGGUUUAAACAAAUUGGACAGGGGGAUGAGAACCAGGAUGAUAGAGCUGAGGAUGAGCCAGUGGGUUUACAAGUAGGUAAUGAGUGUAACAUGAAUGUAAGGAAGGACAAGCCAAUGGGUACUAAUGCAGACAGAGCAAAGAGUUAAAUUGUAUCACAGAGCCAAAUUUCAAAAGGGUGAAGAAUACAGGACUGAUGGUACUGUAUUUAAAUGCGCAUAGCAUUCAGAAUAAGGUGGAUGAACUCGUGGCGCAAUUGGAGAUUGGUCAGUAUGAUGUUAGGGCAUCACUGAGUCGUGGCUGAAAGAAGGCCUUAGUUAGGAGCUUAAAGGAUAUACUUUGUAUCGAAAGGGCAGGCAGGAAGGCAUAGGCGGUGAUGUGGCUGUAUUGGUAUGAUGUGAAACUACCUCUUGAGAAAGAGGUGACAUAGGAUCAGAGAAUGUUGAAACUAAGUGGGUGGAGUUAAGAAAUUGCAAUAGUAAAAAAAACAUUAUGGGAAUCAUAUAUAGACCUCUAAAUACUAGCCAAGAAGUCGGGUUGAGAUUGCAAAGGUAACUGGAAAAGGCAUGUAAUAAGGGUAAUGACACUAUUGUAGUGGGGGAACUUCAAUAUGCAAGAGGGUUUGGAAAGUCAGGGUGUUGUUCGAUCGCAAGAGAGGGAAUUUCUUGAAUGGCUACAAAAUGGCUUUGUAGAGCAGCUUGUGCUUGAGCCUGCUAGGGGAAAUACUAUCUUUAUUCUUGUGGGAUAAUGCCUUUCCUGACAAGGGGGAUCACUCUGCUUGGCAGAUGAGGCUCGUGGCUGUGAAACAAUCUCAGAUUGCGUAUUGUGUAAUAACCCAGAUUUUAUUAGGGAGCUUAUUGUAAAGAAACAUAGGAGGCAGUGAUCAUAAUAAGAUUGAAUUUAUACUGCAGUUUGAGAGGGAGAAGUAUAAGUAGCAUGUAUCAGUAUCAUAAUAGGAUAAUGGGAAUUACAGAAACAUGAGAGAGGAGCUUGCCCAGGUGGAUUGGAGGAGGAUACUGGCAGGGAUGAUGGCAGAGCAGAGAUGGCUGAAGUUUUUGGGAAUAGUUCACAAGGCGCAGGAUGGAUAUGUCCCACAGAAGAAGUAGUUCUUAAAUGGCAGGGUAGGCAACUGUGGCUGACAAGGGAAGUUAAGGACUGCAUAAAACCCAAUGAAAGGGUACAUAAAGUAGCAAAAGUGAGUGGGAAGUUGGAUGAUUGGGAAUUUUUAAAAUCCAAACAAAGGGCAACUAACAAAGCUAUAAGAAGGGAAAAGAUGAAAUAUGAGGGCAAACUAGCCAAUAAUAUAAAGCAGGAUACUAGAAGUUUUUUCAGUUAUAUAAAGAGUAAAAGGGAGGUGAGAGUUGAUAUUGGACCACUAGAAAAUGUUGCUGGUGAGUUAGUAAUGGGGGACGAAGAAAUGGCAGAUGACCUUAAUGAGUACGUUGCAUCAGUCUUCACUGUGGAAGACACUAGUAGUGUGUCAAAGGUCUGUGAAUGUCAUGGAGUAGGAGUGGGUGCCAUUGCUAUUACAAAGGAAAAAGUGCUCGGCAAACUCAAAGGUCUUAAGGUGAAUAAGUCACAUGGACCAGACGGACUGCGUCCCAGAGUCCUGAGAGAGGUUGCUGAAGGGAUAACGGCUGCCUUGGUCAUGAUCUUUUAACAAUGACUUGAUUCUGGCAUGGACCUGGAGGACUGGAAAAUUGCAAAUGUCGCUCCACUCUUUCAGAAGGGAGGAAGGCAAAAGAAAAGAAAUUAUAGGCCAGUUAGCCAAACCUCAGUGGUUGGGAAAGUGUUGGAGUUUAUUAUUAAGAAUGAAGUUUCGGGGUACUUGGAGACUAAUGAUUAAAUAAGUCAGAAGUCAGCAUGGUUUUUUGCAAGGGAAAUCGUGCCUGAUAUAUCUGUCAGAGUUCUUCGAGGAAGUAACAAGAAGGGUGGACAAAGGAGGGGCGGUAGAUAUCAUUUACUUGGAAGGCAUUUGAUAAGGAGCCACACAGGAGGCUGCUUAACAAGAUAAAAUCCCAUGAUGUUACAGCGAAGAUACUGUCGUGGAUAGAGGAAUGGCUGACAGGCAGGAAGCUGUGAGUGGGAAUAAAAAGAACCUUUUCUGGUUGGCUGCCAGUGACGAGUGGUGCUCCUCAGGGAUGAAGCGAAAAUCAGAGAAUGGCCUUGAUGUGCGAUCAUUGUCACCAGGAAAGAAAUUGUGCAAAGGAUCUGAAUACUCCAGUUCCCUCUCACCGUGCAUAAAUACUGCCACAACGUUUGGAGAUAUAAGGAAUGGCAAUAUCCCAGGUCAACAUCGGCGGCGUAUUACAUCUGUAACACCUCCGACAGAUCUUCAGGAGUGGCUUGGCAUGUUCCAGAAAUGGAGUGGCCCUGAGAAGCUUCUGGCGCUGGAUGAACUUAUUGAUCGCUGUGAGACUUCUCAGAUCAAGUACAUGAUGCAGGUCAUUGAACCCCAGUUCCAGCGGGACUUCAUCUCCCUCCUGCCUAAGGAGUUAGCACUGUAUGUCCUGUCAUUUCUGGAGCCAAGGGACCUGCUGCGGGCAGCACAGACUUGUCGGUAUUGGCGCAUCCUGGCUGAGGAUAAUCUGCUCUGGAGAGAAAAGUGCAGAGAGGAAGUGAUUGAGGAGCCCCUGUACCUACGGCGGCGUCGAAUGCUCAGUACGGGUUUCAUGUACAGUCCAUGGAAAUCGGCCUUCAUGCGGCAGCACAAGAUCGACACCAACUGGCGAUCCGGAGAGAUCAAACCUCCAAAGGUGUUGAAAGGUCAUGAUGAUCAUGUCAUCACCUGUCUGCAGUUCUCAGGAAAUCGUAUUCUGAGUGGCUCAGAUGACAACACACUUAAAGUAUGGUCUGCAUUAACAGGCGAGUGUGUGCAGACACUGGUUGGACACACGGGUGGAGUUUGGUCAUCGCAGAUGAGGGGGAGCAUCGUCAUUAGUGGUUCAACAGACCGUACCCUGAAAGUGUGGAAUGCAGAAACGGGCGAGUGUAUACACACGCUUUAUGGCCAUGCCUCCACUGUCCGGUGCAUGCACCUCCACGGCAACAAGGUAGUGAGUGGAUCAAGAGACGCUACUCUCAGAGUGUGGGACAUUGACACAGGGCGGUGUUUACACACGUUACUGGGACACGUGGCUGCUGUCCGCUGCGUGCAGUAUGACGGGAAAAGGGUCGUGAGUGGUGCUUAUGACUACACUGUAAAAGUGUGGGAUCCAGAGACUGAGACCUGUGUGCACACUCUUCAGGGACAUACAAACAGAGUCUACUCACUUCAGUAUGAUGGCGUACAUAUUGUCAGCGGAUCCCUUGACACUUCGAUACGGGUGUGGGACGCAGAGAAUGGCAACUGUUUACACACGUUAAUGGGGCACCAGUCAUUAACCAGUGGUAUGGAGCUGAAGGACAACAUCCUGGUGUCUGGGAAUGCUGAUUCCACUGUGAAAAUCUGGGAUAUCAAGACAGGACAGUGUCUGCAGACAUUACAAGGUCCGAACAAACAUCAGAGUGCUGUUACCUGCCUGCAGUUCAUCCAGAAGUUUGUUGUCACCAGCUCGGACGAUGGGACAGUUAAAUUAUGGGACCUCAAAACUGGCGAAUUCAUUCGCAAUCUGGUGGCACUUGAGAGUGGCGGCAGUGGCGGUGUUGUGUGGCGGCUCCGAGCUUCUAAGACAAAGCUAAUUUGUGCAGUGGGCAGUCGGAAUGGUACAGAGGAGACGAAGCUGCUGGUGCUGGACUUCGACGUGGACAUGAAGUGAGGGUAGUUUGUGAGGUGGUGUGCUGCUAUGCACUCCUGACCCCUGACCACAAGCAGCAAGCUGCGUCAACCUCCCUGCUGUCCAUUCCAGUUUGCCAAAGAAGACUUGACCUUGUGGGGGAAAACCAGAGGUGGAUCUGCAGCAACCCCAUAAGGGGUAGUGGUGCCCCUCCGGAGAGGGGCCAGCCGGUCUGCCGUUGCAAGCCUAUAGCACUCAUGCGGGGAGCAAUUUGGGAAAUACUUAAAGCACCUUAGAACUGAGCCAUCACAGGACAUCCAUCUGUCUCGAAGACGAGACACUUGGAGACACCUUAGAGACUUGCCAAAAUUGUUAGAAACAGAAACUUGUACAUAAAAUGGUUCUAUCUGUAUAUUAUAUAAAAGUGUAUCUAUGUGACAAUGAGGUAAAGCGUCCUUAACU